AUGUGCCUUUUGAGCACUUCGAAGCCGCAAUUGCGUACCAAAUUCACACUCAGAAAGAAAAAUGCACAGAAACAGGAAUUGACAACAGAUCUGAAGACUCCUGCAAGAACAAGAUUCGCUCCCUCACCUACCGGUUUCCUGCAUUUAGGAUCCCUUAGAACAGCGUUGUAUAACUACUUGCUUGCAAGAGCUACAGCUGGUCAGUUUUUGCUGCGAUUGGAAGACACUGACCAAAAGAGGUUAGUUCCUGGGGCCGAAGAUAACAUUUACGACACACUGAACUGGCUAGGAAUUAAAAUCGACGAAGGCCCUACAGUGGGUGGUCCUUAUGGCCCUUAUAGACAGAGCGACAGAUCUGAAAUAUAUACGCGCUACAUUGACGAGCUGCUGGACAAAGGACUCGCAUACAGAUGUUUCUGCUCCAAAUCUAGGCUAGAUGGGCUUCGAGACUCUGCAAGGCUGCUCAAACCACCCACUACUGUGUCAUAUGACAGACAUUGUUUGAGAGUAUAUACUAGAGAGGAGUCUGAUGCUAAGGCCGCUCGAGGAGAGGAGUUCACUGUCAGAUUUAUAUCACCAGACAAAUACCCCGAAUUCAACGAUUUACUCCAUGGAUACAUCAACUGGCAACCACAGGUAAAUCCAUUCGACAAAAGAUAUGAAGAUCCAGUGCUGCUGAAAAGUGAUGGUCUACCUACUUAUCAUUUUGCCAAUGUUGUUGACGACCAUUUGAUGGAAAUCACUCAUGUUGUCAGGGGAGAGGAGUGGCUUGCUUCCACCCCUAAACAUAUUGCUCUAUAUGAGGCUUUCGAGUGGCCGAAGCCGAAGUUUGUGCAUAUACCUCUACUAACGACUGUUGAUAACAGAAAAUUAUCCAAACGUACGGGUGAUAUUGACAUUAUGUCGUUGAGGAACCAAGGUUAUCUUCCCGAAGCUCUAAUUAAUUUCGCAGUUCUUUUUGGAUGGGCUCCAAAAAGGGUACAGGGAGAAAAAUCACAUGAAAUCUACGAUAUGGAUUUCCUAGAGAACCAUUUCAACCUUGAAGGUCUGACAGUUGGCAAUGCCAAGGUGGAUUUUCAGAAACUCAAUUACUUCAACAAACAUUACUUACAACGGAGACUCCAAGAUCCCGUUUACCUCGAUAAGGUCUCCGCGGAUAUUUAUGGCAAGCUGAAACAGAACCGCGGAAUCACUCAAGAUUAUGUGAAAAACGUGCUUCUGAAAACUGGUAGCUCGCUGACCACACUCAACUCUGUCUUCAGCGAAAGCUUUCGGUUUUAUUUUGAACGUCCUACUUACACUAAAGAAGGACUUGAAAACGUCCUUAAACCUGAAAAAUUUGGGAUUGUAAAACUGCUUGCAAAACAGUCAGAUUAUACGGACCUCGAAGCUAUAAUACCGAGGAUUUUGGCAGUCUAUCCUGAUAUCAAGAAAAAAGACAUUUAUCAAACUAUUCGUUAUGCGAUUAGCGCGGGACAGCCAGGAACGAAACUUCCGGAUAUGAUCGAGCUUUUGGGAAAUGAGGAAGUGGUUGCACGACUAAACUCUCUAAAGGAAAUUCUGUAA